AUGACCGGCUACCGGCCUCGGGAGCUUGCAGCCUGCAGUGAAGCCUUGGCGCGCCAAGCCGAAGAGUUCCUGUCUCGGCUCCAUUUGGACCUCCGAGGCGCCACGCGAAGCGAAGAAGCGAAGCCGUGGGUCCAGCUCCAGGGCUGGGACGUCGGCUGUAUUUUCAAGUUCCAGUCACAAGCCUUUGGGGAAUGUCAUUUGUACAACGCCAAAAGCCGCGCUUUUGACCAGUUCGCCGCAGGCCUCCCCACGACUUGCGGCUCAGCGCUGCUCACGCUGGUAGGCCUCGUCGUGGUGGACUGCUUCUUCUACGCUGGGCUUCUCGUGCUGCCCUACGGCAUCGUGGUGGAGAUCCUGGCCUUUUGGAAUGUGGCCUUCAGGGGCAACCGCUUCGAGUACGUGACCGCCACCAAGGCACAUGCGGACGGCGCCGGCGCGGGCUCGCCGUCCGGAGUGCCGAUGAGGCCACUCAGACGCUGA